AUGACACUACUCGUAGCCUUUGCAAAAGCCACCGUCAACGCCGACGAACAAUUCAAUGCCCCUGACGCAGACUUGGUCCUGCGCUGCUCGGACGGCAUCCACUUCGCAGUCCACCGAGCCAUCCUCCGACUCGCAUCACCGGUAUUCAGAGACAUGCUCUCUCUGCCACAGCCUUCGGUAAACGACUCUGUCGUAUCAAUGUCCGAGGACAGCCAAACCCUGCGCACCUUGUUGCGCUUCAUCUAUCCCCGCUCGUUCUGCGCCGAACCGAAUCUGAGCGAGCUCGCCGAUAUCAAACGCGCGGCAGGUCUGGCGCGCAAGUACGACAUCCAAUUCAUGCGCGACGCAGCCGAGAAGGCGCUUGUGGCUCUCGCAGAUAGUCAACCGGAGAUCGCGUACGUUGUGGCGUGGAAAUACGAGUACCCCAUCGCUCUUCGCGCUGCCGCACGGCGCUACCUCGAACCGCAUGAGAGCUCCUCUCAUGAUCCGGACUACGACGAGGUCCCGGCUACAGCUUUCAAAAGGCUGCUCGAGUACAGCGACAAAGUCCCCUCCGCACUGGAAGAACUACUCACUGACGGCCGCGACGAGGAGCAUCCCAUCACUUGGAUACGGCCGAACUACGCUUGGUGGUCAGAGCAAGACAAGCCAGAAAGCGUGGGGUUCGAAGAAGGCAACGCUCAUAUGUGCCUGACAGAGGUCACUUGGUAUAGAGGAGACUCAGCAGCUGAGAGUCACCACGCGGCGGUAUCGUCCUGGUGGUGGACCUACGUCCGAGCCGUCGUUAGACUCGUACAAAGUCGUGCGCGCCCUUCGCUGGAAGAUGCUCUCCGUCAACCGCUCGUCAAUACGGAUGCCCGGCAACAGCUCGCGGGAUGUGAAUCUUGUAGGUUGCGGGUUGAGUAUGGCUUACUGGACUGGACGAAGCAACACCUUCGCGCUGAGAUUGAGAGGCGACUCGACGAGAUCCCGAUCGACGCUCCCUUUAUGCGUAGUGAAAUUUAA